UGAGAAUUGCGGAUUACUUUGAUGUUGUUGCUGGAACAAGCACUGGUGGGUUGGUGACCGCCAUGCUCGCUGCUCCAGAUGAGAAUAAUCGUCCUCUCUUCGCAGCGAAGGAAAUCAAUGACUUCUACCUUGAAAAUUGUCCAAAGAUUUUUCCUAAGAAUGGGUAAGGAUGGGGAGACACAGUCCAAGCUCUUUAAACAUACUGAAUUUAGAGAUGUAGAGAUAUAUGCAUAAGUACUUCUGCGGCCCCGACAUAUCUUCUGUCAGAUAUAUGCAUAAGUACUUCUGCGGCCCCGACAUAUCUUCCUGCACACUAUUUUCAAACCAAAGACUUCAACAGGAAGUCCCGAAGCUUUAAUCUCAUUGACGGAGGGAUUGCUGCAAAUAAUCCAACAUUAUUGGCCUUGAAUGAAGUUACGAAAGAAAGUUUCAAACAAAAUGAUGACUUCUUUCCAAUUAAGCCAGCCGACUAUGGAAAAUUUCUGGUUCUCUCUUUGGGGACUGGAUCAUCCAAGCAAGAAGAGAAAUUUGACGCAUCCAUGGCGUCCAAGUGGGGUGUGCUUGGAUGGCUAUACAACAGUGGCAUGACACCAUUGAUUGAUAGUUUUAGUCAAGCUAGUUCUGAUAUGGUGGACAUCCAUGCCUCCGUCAUAUUCCAAGCAUUGCAUUGUGAGAGCAACUACCUUCGGAUACAGGAUGAUACUUUGAUGGGCGACACGGCAUCUGUAGAUGUAUCUUCCAAGGAGAAUUUGUUGAAGCUUGUUCAAAUUGGCAAAGAACUGCUAAAGAAACCAGUAUCGAGGGUGAACUUAGAAUCUGGCAUGUAUGAAGCAGUACAAAUGGCAGGGACAAAUGAAGAAGAACUCAUCCGUUUCGCCAAGAUGCUUUCUAGUGAAAGACAACUCAGGCUUGGGAAGAUGCAUUUGAAUUGACAAUAUCGGCAGGGUGCCAAACAAGGGAUCGUGAAUUAAUUCUCUGCAGCUAUGCAAUACAACUAUUCUUUUAUUCUUUAUUUUCUGGUACAAAAU